AUGACAAUUGCAAUAUUUCUGGCCAUCUUGUCAGGUGUCCUUGCUCAUUUGACCGUUUUCAUUCACGGCGAAUGGCAUCUCAAGAUAGUGAAUCUCGGGGUCACGCACCUUGUUUUCUAUGCUUUGCUCUAUGUCAUACGCAGAAUUUCUGCUAAAUACUAUAUCACUGACGAAAACUUCCCCAGUUCAGCAACCCUUAUGCUGUUUUACUUUUCAUCUCUUUUCACGAGCAUUGGUAUCUACCGCUACUUUUUCCACCGACUAUGCAACUUCCCUGGACCACGCUUAGCCGCCAUUUCCAAGUUGUGGCACGUGUGGAAGUGUCGGACAUCGCGUGGGCACCACGUGCUUCAUGACUGGAAAAAAUAUGGCACAUUUGUUCGAACAGGGCCUUCUGAGAUUACGGUCUACCACGCUGCGGCCUACGAGGCAAUGGAUGGCCAUGGAAAUCAAAACACCCGAUCGGACUGGUACGAUCUCUUGCAUCCUCGAGUAUCGUCAAUCUUCACUCGUGAUCGAAACCUACACAGUGUUAGACGGAAGAUGUGGACCAAUGCCCUGAGCAGCUCCGCCAUCCGAGGAUACCACGAACGCAUCAUCGCGAAGGUCAACACGCUCAUCAGUCUGAUCCAAGAGCAGGAGUCGCAGCCUGUGUAUCUCAAUGACCUCAUGUACUGGUUCUCUUUCGACUCAAUGGGUGACUUUGCUUUUAGUGAGGACUUUGGUAUGAUGAAGAGCAAGCAAUGGCACCAGGUUAUUUGGAUGUUCCGAUAUGCUCUGGCGCUAUUGGGCCCGUUUAGCCCAGCAAUCUGGGUCCCCCGUCUGGCGUUCGCGAUAAUCCCUGGUCUGUGGUGGGCUAAAUGGUGGUUUGAAAUGUUAAGCUUCUGUGACAGGUGUAUGGCCCGGCGCAUGAAGCGAACGUUGCCCGACAGAGAUAUUGCAUCAUUCUUUAUCGAAGACCACAAGAAUAGUGUUGAUGCGCGCAAGGAAUAUUGGCUGAGCGGUGAUACUGCUACCCUUGUCGUGGCGGGAAGUGAUACCAACGCGCCAACUCUUACACACCUAUUCUAUUUCCUUACUCGGUACCCGAAACAUGCGGACAAGGUUUAUGCGGAACUUGAAACUCUCUCCUCCCUCGAAGACGCAAUCGGCCUAUCGAAGCUGCCUCACCUGAACGGGGUCCUCAACGAAACCAUGCGUCUACUUCCCGCUGUCCUUACAUUCGGAACUCGUGUGACUCCUCCCGAGGGUCUGAAGAUAGAGGGGACCGUAAUUCCUGGGGGUAUAAAGAUCUGUGCGCCCAGGUACACAAUCGGGAGACUGGAGUCAGCCUAUGCCCGACCUGAAGAGUUUGUUCCCGAGAGAUGGUAUGCUCAGCCAGAGCUGAUCCUAGACCGUCGAGCCUUUGCCCCAUUUGGACUUGGCAAAACAUCAUGUGUGGGGAAGAACCUGGCUCUAACACAGAUUCGCUUCGUCGUCGCUGCACUUGUCAGUCGGUAUCACUUUGAAUUCACACCGGAUGACCCAAAUGGCGAAUUGGUAGAGAGGGAUAUGAAGGAUCAAUUAACUGCGCAGCCAGGUCCAUGCCAUGUGGUGUUUAAGCUAAGAAAUGAGAAGUGA